CACCAGAAGAGGGAAGAAUGCCUGCCACCCGGGGAAAGUCCAGGGCCUCGGCCCCGGUGACCUUUGGGGACUUGGCCAUCUACUUCUCCCAGGAGGAGUGGGAAUGGCUGAACCCCAUUCAGAAGCUUCUGUACCAAAACGUCAUGUUGGAGAACUACCAGAACCUGGUGUCCCUCGGACUUUCCGGCCGGAAGCCCAACGUGAUUGCUUUGCUGCAGAAAGGGCAGGCGCCCUGGCUGGGGGAGACGUCCUCGCAAAGACGCCGCCGUGCCGACUCAGGGUCUACAUCUAAGGCAAAGAAGUCAGCCCAAAAUCAGAGCAGCAAAGCUGGGCAAAGCAUUCAUCAGAAAAAGAAAGUUUCCAUAAGAAAGAAGGGCUACAUCAUUUCGAUCAUAAUAAAAUCUGCGAAAGGACGUCCGGAGAAGAAAUCUUUAAAGUGUAGUGACUGUGAGAAAACCUUCAAUUGGAGCUUAUCUCUCCAACUUCAUCAGAUCACCCACACUAGGGAGAAGCCUUAUGAGUGCAGUGAUUGUAAGAAAGCUUUCAAGCGAAUCUCUUCCCUCCUCCUUCACCAGAGAGUUCACAGGGGGAAGACAAGUUAUGAUUGUGGCAAAUGUGGGAGGCACUUCAAUCAAAGGGCAACCCUUCAUCUGCAUGAGAAAAUUCGUCACGGAAAGGAAACCUCAGAUUGUGGGAAGGCAGUCAGCCAAUGCCCAUCUCUCAGCAUUGCUCGUAAAAUUCACAUUGUUGAGAAGGCUCACCAGUGCAAAACAUGCGGGAAAGCGUUUAAUCGGAUGUCAUCAGUUUUACUUCAUAAGAAAAUCCACAAUAGAAAGAAAAUCCACAAAUGCCGUCAAUGUGGGAAACGUUUCAGAAAGAAGUCAGCCCUUCUUAACCACAAGAGAAGUCAUACUGGAAAGAAAACCCUUAAAAGUAAGAAAGCCUUAAGUGAGAGCCGAAAGCAGAAGGGGCUCUCUUUAGAGAAUCCCUACAAAUGCAGAAAGUGUUUGAAAUCCUUUUGUAAGAUUUCAUCGCUUCUGCUUCAUCAGAGAGUUCAUGCUUCAGAGAAAUCCAACAAAUGUGACAAAUGUGAGAAGGUCUUCGAGCGGCUCUCAGGCUUUAUUCUGCAUCUGAAAAUUCAUAGCGAGAAAAUAUACAAGUGCAAUAAAUGUGAUAAGAUCUGCACCCGGCAUACGGCCCUCAUUCAACACCAGAAAGUUCAUGCGAAGAAAAAGAAACGAAUUGAAUGUAAGGAAUGUGGGAAGAUGUUUUCUGGAAUGGCAAAUCUUAAAAUACAUCAAAAUAUUCAUUCUGAAGAGAAACCUUUCAAAUGCAAUAAAUGCAGUAAGGUUUUUGGCCGCCAAUCAUUUCUGAUUGAGCAUCAGAGAAUUCAUACUGGAGAAAAACCCUACCACUGUGAGGAAUGUGGGAAAGCUUUCAGCCACCGAAUAUCCCUCACUCGACACAAGAGGAUUCACUCUGAAGAUAGACCCUAUGAAUGUGAUCAAUGUGGGAAAGCCUUCAGCCAGAGCGCACACCUUGCCCAGCACGAAAGAAUUCACACUGGAGAGAAACCGUACACAUGCAAAACAUGUGGGAAAGCCUUUAGUCAGCGUACAUCCCUUAUUCUGCAUGAAAGAAGUCACACGGGGGAGAAACCCUAUGAAUGUCCGGAGUGUGGCAAGGCAUUUAGCAGUGGCUCAGAUCUCAUCCGCCAUCAGAGAAGUCAUUCUUCGGAGAAACCCUAUGAAUGUAGUAAAUGUGGGAAGGCGUAUAGUCGGAGCUCGUCCCUUAUUCGACAUCAGAAUUCACACUCUGAAGAAAAAGCCUAGGCUGUUUUAAAUCUGUGAAAUUGAAGGCUGAGGAUACCCCCCCCCCCCCAAGAAGCAGGGAUCGAGGCAAGGGAAAAGUGUAGUUACAACAAAUGUUUGUGCGUACGGGAUCAUCUCAUAAGUGCCCUGCUUUGAAAGUGCAGAUGUGACUGGUGACUCUUGACCUGAUGAUUUGAAAUCAGCUGACCUCAUCACAGAUUUUCAGUCUCAAAGUAGCAUGUUGGUGGGAUUAGAUCAGUCAUUGUGAUGGAAAAGCCUUCUUUGUUCGAUAAAAAAAAAAUUACUAAUGUUCUCUUUCCAGUGUCGUUUAAAAGCUAUUUCAUUGGUUGUGUCCAACAAAGUGGAAUUGUGAUAUCAUUCUUGCAUACGGGGCUUUGAGGCUAACUUUUAGCGUCACAUGAAGAGAAUUUGCAUCUGUUCCUCAGAACCUUGUUAGGUGCUGUCGAGUCAGUUCUGACCCAUAGUAACCCUGUGUCCCACAGAAGGAAGCACUGCCGGCCCUAC